CGAAUUCUUAAGUGGUGCCGAUAAAAUCAAUAGCCUUGGAAGCUACUUUCUAUAUCUGAUUAUUUCCACUAUUUGACAUUAUUCAAGGCAUCACUAUCACUUUGUUUGGUCCAUCUCCAUUUUAUCGAAAAUGCCCACCCAGGCCUACUUUGACAAAUACCCCUCCUUUCCUAGCGACGUUUCAGUUGUUAAGCUUCCCCGGUUGUCUUUUGCAAAGCUCCUGGCACAGGAAGAGGGCGAGUCCGAUGCUCUGUUCGAGGCAUGCAGAGCUAUAGGUUUCUUCCUGCUCGACUUUAGGUGCUGUCCUGAGGGCGAAGCAUUCCUCGAGAAGGCAGAGACUAUGUUUGACAUUAAUCAGGAAGUCUACGCCCUAGGCUUUGACGAGCUGAUGCAAUACGCUUACCGGCCGUCACACUCACUAUUUGGGUACAAAUGCAUUGGCGAUAGUAAAAUCGAAGAUAAUAAGCCUGACCGCCAUGAGUUCUAUAAUAUAAGCCAGGACGAUAUGACGGGUAUCUCCAAAUUAUCAAACCCACCCUGCAUCGAGGCUCAUCGUCCUGGCGUCAAGGCUUACAUUGAGCAAGCAUACUCUAUUGUUUCGCUUAUCUGCUCUCACCUCGACACCCAACUCCGUCUCACCCCAGGUACACUCGCCUCGCUUCAGCCUAUGAGCCUCUCGUCAGGCACGGCACUCCGUAUGCUGCGCUACCCGUCGCAGCCAGUGGGUGAUCGGCGCACUAGCCUACGAGGCCACACAGACCUUGGGACACUUACCAUCCUCUUUAAUAUCACCGGCGGUCUACAGCUGCUGCUUCCAGGUACAGACCCACGCGACGAGAGCAGUUGGGUCUAUGUUCAACCUGUCCCCGGGUGUGCGAUUGUUGGUCUCGGCGAUACUAUGGUCCAGUGGAGUGCUGGAAUUCUGCGGAGCAAUAUGCACCGCGUGACUUUUGCUCCGGGCGAACAGGGCGAAGUCACGAGGUAUAGUCUUGCAUACCUGGUACGGCCAUAUAGCGAGGCACCAAUGAAGAGACUUUCUGGGGGAAACAGUUUAAUUCCAGAACUAGAGGAAGGAGAAGAGGAUACCACGAUAAAUGCCCGCGAGUGGGAAGCGCGCAGAGUUGCAGCCUUGAGGAAAGGGCAGGAUAAUACGCGCAGCAAGGGUGGUAGGGAGAUUAAAUUGGAAGAUAAGAACAAGGUCUCAGCAGUGAUUGUUGGUAGGGCGGAAUGAGUGAUUUGUGAGCUUAAUAGAAUAGCAGCGAAGCAUCGAUCCUUCGCCGCUGGCCUUUUCUUUCAUAUCUAAUAUGUUUUCCAAAGGACCUAAUAGAGCGCUGGAAGGAAAGUUUGCUACAGUAGCGCAAAUAGGAAGUCGUACAUGUUGAGCAACUUUAACAACAUUUUUAC